CUCCAGCCCCGGCCCCGCAGCUUGCUCCUCCGAGCGCCCCGCUGCCGCCGCCGCGAUGCCCCUCGCCCUGUCGGCCCUCCUGCUGCUCUGCCUGCCGCAGCUGAACCGCGCCCAGAGCCCCUCCGACGCCCCCGCCACCAACCAGACCAGGCCCGUCUUCCUGUGCGGCGGCGACUACAACGCCAACAACGGCUACCUGGCCAGCGAGGGCUUCCCCGAGCCCUACCCGCCGGGCAAGAGCUGCACCUGGACCAUCACGGUGCCCGAGGGCCAGGUGGUGAUGCUCUCCUUCCGCGUCUUCGACCUGGAGCCCGAGCCGACCUGCCGCUACGACUACCUGGAGGUCUUCAACGGGCACGCGGCCCUGGAGUCGCAGCGCCUGGGCCGCUACUGCGGGACCUUCCGCCCCGGGGCCAUCCUGGCCACCAGCCACCAGAUGCUGCUGCGGAUGGUCUCCGACGAAGGGACCGGCGGCAGGGGCUUCCUCGUCUGGUUCAGCGGCGGCCUCCCCCACGUGGACGAAAACCAGUUCUGUGGGGGGAAGCUGGAGAAAAGCCAAGGCUCCCUCAAGACCCCCAACUGGCCCGAGAGCGACUACCCGCCUGGCAUCAGCUGCUCCUGGCACAUCAUUGCCCCACAGGGCCAGGUGAUCGUCCUGACUUUUGGGAAGUUUGACGUGGAGUACGACACCUACUGCCGUUACGACUACGUAGCCGUCUUCAACGGCAGGGAGCAAGACGACUCGCGCCGCGUGGGCAAAUUCUGUGGAGAGAAGUCGCCCAGCUCCAUCCGCUCGGAGGGCAAUGAGCUCCUGGUCCAGUUUGUCUCGGAUAUGAGCGUGACGGCUGACGGGUUUUCUGCCUCGUACGAGAUGAAGAGUCAGGAUGAGCCGGUGGACGCCACCAGGGCCCAGCCCGUCAUCCCGGUAUUCCCAGGUGCCAAGCCCACGCAGAGCAGCCGGAAGCCUGGACCCCCCAAGCCCAAAACUCCCAGCAAGCCUGCAGGCCGACCCAAGCCGGCUCCGCGCCCCAAACCCACUGCCCAAGGCCGUUCGGAGGCUGCAGGCCCCACAGUGCCCACCGCAGGUGAGGUCACCUGCCCGCAACGCUGCAAGCGGACGGGGAACCUGCAGACCAACUUCUGCGCCAGCGAUUUUGUGGUCAGCGGCACCGUCCAGGCCCUCCAGCGACGAGAGGGGAGCCGGGUCACAGCCACCGUGACGCUCCUCCAGGCCUACAAGACGGGGGCCCUGAGCCUCCCCCCAGAAGCAGCCGAAGGCACCACCUUCCAAUUGGACGUGCCCUGCAGACAGUGCCCCAUUCUCAAGAAAGGGGCCAGCUAUGUCUUCAUGGGGAGGGUGGAGGCCGACGGAAGCGGGCAGCUGCCCCCCAGCAGCUUCGUUGUGCCACUCCGGCCGCAGCAGCAGCAGCUUCUCACCAACUUCAGCAAGCGGCCUUGCACCGGCCGGGCCAGGAGGAACCGCACCUGAGGAAACCCCCCACCCCGGCCUUUGCGGGAGCCCCCCCCCCCAAACAGCACCAUGUAACCAAUAAACGGGCAGGGGAGCAGUUCACGGACUCCAGGGUGGGGAAUGGCGCCCAUUUGACGUUGUUGACACCCGUCCCACUGUCUUAAAGGUAUUUGGUGCCUGGAA